UGGAGUCAGUUCUUCCGCGGGGCGGAAAAGGCAUGCGGCAGGUGUCCCGACGAUUUCCAGUCCCCUUUCCUUACAAGACCCCAUGAGUAAGCUGUGGAGGCGCGGGAGCACCCCUGGGGCAAUGGAGGCCCCAGAGCCGGGGGAAGCAUUAGAGUUGAGCCUGGCUGCUGCCCACGGCCACGGAAUGCACAAGAAAAAACACAAAAAGCACAAGAAGAAACAUAAAAAGAAACAUCAUCAAGAAGAGGACGCUGGGUUGACACAGCCCUCUUCUGUCAAGCCCCAGCUUAAACUCAAAAUCAAGCUUGGUGGCCAGGUCCUGGGCACCAAGAGUGUUCCUACCUUCACUGUGAUCCCUGAGGGUCCUCGAUCACCCUCUCCUUUGAUGGUGGUGGAUAAUGAAGAAGAACCUAUGGAAGGAGUCCCCCUAGAGCAAUACCGAGCCUGGCUGGAUGAAGACAGUAAUCUGUCCCCCUCCCCACUUCCGGAGUUGUCAGGAAGUUUAGGGGGCCAAGAGGAAGAGGAGGAACAAAGGUGGCUGGAUGCCCUGGAGAAAGGGGAGCUGGAUGAUAAUGGAGACCUCAAGAAGGAGAUCAAUGAGCGGCUGCUCACUGCUCGACAGCGAGCACUGCUCCAGAAGGCGCGGAGUCAGCCUUCCCCCAUGCUGCCGCUGCCGGUGGCUGCAGGCUGCCCGGCCCCUGCCCUCACCGAGGAGAUGUUGCUGAAGAGGGAAGAGCGGGCCCGGAAGCGGCGGCUGCAGGCCGCCCGGCGAGCCGAGGAACACAAGAACCAGACGAUCGAGCGCCUCACCAAGACUGCUGCGCCCAGCGGCCGCGGAGGCCGGGGGACGGCGCGGGGCGAACGGCGGGGUGGGCGCGCUGCAGCCCUGGCUCCCAUGGUUCGCUACUGCAGCGGGGCGCAGGGUUCCACCCUUUCCUUCCCACCUGGCGUCCCUGCCCCCGCCGCUGUGGCUCAGCGGCCACCCCCUCCGGGCCCUCCUCCACGCUGCUCCGUCCCCGGCUGCCCCCACCCGCGCCGCUACGCCUGCUCCCGAACCGGCCAGGCACUGUGUAGUCUUCAGUGCUACCGCAUCAACCUGCAGAUGCGGCUGGGGGGACCUGAAGGCCCUGCAUCCCCGCUUUUGGCUACUUAAGUAGUCAAACUUGGACUUUCCACCCUCGUCUAUGUCUGGUUUUCAUUGUCUUCUCCCACUUAUUAAAUUAUAUCCGGCGC